AUGUUUAUCUCCUGGGCCCUGGGUGGAAUUCUUGCGCUGCUCCUGUGCCUCCUGGGCCCGAUGCCAGCUGUCACCAGCUUCCACGCCGACGUGACUGGUUUCCAAGGUUCGAUUCCUCUCCACUGCUGGUUGAUGAUGGCUGGCUUCAUUGGAGCCUUUCUGGGCCUGCUAGUUUAUCCACACAUCAGCUGUCACGGCUCAGAUACCUGCUUUCUCGACUACGUGUGCAUUCACCAGUCGGACAAGCGGAUGAUGCAGCAAGGGAUCAGAUCUAUCGGAGCUUUCCUUGCGGCUUCUAGGGAGUUGCGGGUGCUCUGGAGCCCGCCGUACCUGACAAGGCUUUGGUGUGUCUUCGAGCUUGCGGCAUAUCGCAAGCUGAAUCCAGCUGGCAAGAUAGUCAUCAAGCCCAUUGCCACGGACAUUGCAGUUUACAUGAUGUUUCUCUGGGUGCAGUUGGCUUCGAUCGGAAUUUUGGCCAGCUGGGCAGAUUCCGACGACCGAGUUAGCCGCAGCAUGAGGCUGCUCGGGGUCUCCAGCAGUACUUUCAUAUUCUUAUUUCCGGCCCUUGCGUAUACGGCCCGGAAGAAGCACCAGGAAGACAUGCAAUUAACGUCAGACCUUGCAAGCUUUGAUGUAAAAUGCAUACAAUGCAGCAACCAUUUCGACAGAGAAUGUAUCCACGCCGCCAUCAUUGAGUGGUACGGCAGCCUGGACGAAUUUUCCGCGCACAUAAGGGAUGUCUUCCGCUUUGAGGUUAUCGACCUCAUGCAGGCGAGCGGCAUUUUACCAGCCCAGUAUAUCUGGCUCCCUUUGCUGCCGGUUGCGUCCCUUACUUGCGAAACACUAUUGGGGUUGUGGACAGUGGGGGCACCUGCAACAAGUAUUCUGGCCUGCUUCAUGGGCUAUAUCGUGGCCCUGAACCUUCUCUGGUUUCCAGCCAUCGCAGUCCUUUCUACCUUCGCCAUGAAGCACGGGCUAUGGGUAAGGAACCGCAGAUGCCAUCCCUUCAUCCUGGAGGUAUUCGCCGUGAGUCUCCUGACUGGCUCCUUGUUUAUGCUAGGGGCAGUUCUCGCAGAAGUUGCUACUGCCAAUGGUGUGGAGUGGAUAGGGCUCUGGAAUUUCCUUGCGCUCUCAGUGGCUGGAUGGGCUUGGGGCCGGUGCUGGCGCGUGUGA